UGACCCACUCACACGCUUUCCCCCCCUCUCUCUCUAUAUAUAUAAUUCCAACACUUUCUCUCUCUACAAAGCUUUCCAACUGUGGAGACCGCGUGGAAAGGCCUUUCGGGCAUCUUUUUUACCGGAGUCGAGGCGUGUCGAAACAGAUAAGCACCACAACAAUCAUCUUUCAGCUCCUUGAGUUUGAUUCACCUUCAUUCUCGUGUUGGGUUGUUGGCAAGUUUUGAUUUUUGCUGACCGAGGAAAUUGGAUCAUGCAACAUGGUUCUUGACAGCGUCCUUUCUUCUCCUCACAGGAGGUCCCCGUCAUUCCGAAAGUCCUUUCCGAAUGAGUUGGGCAGUUGGUCGACUCUCAUGCAACGACAUCGCUUCCUCCUGACAGCACUUGUCCUCUUGACUUUUCUUUGCACAAUUUACCUUUACUUUGCUGUCACCUUAGGCUCUUCCUCCUCUUGCUUUGGACUAACUGGGACUCAAAAAGCUCAGUGUCAACUGGAGCUUGCAAAGACUUCCAUCGCUAAAGGGAAAUUGAAAAUUCUUUGAUACUUUGGAUUUCGAUCCAAAGCUCGUGUCUUUUGCUUGUGGUUCUUAAAAAUUUGGGUUGAAUGCUUAAAAGAAAUGAAAUUAGUUAAUCUGUGAUACAAGGUUGUGUAGUAAGAUGUAAGCGAACUCUCUAUACAUGAUGUCCGAGAAGAAAAAAGGGAAUUAAUCAAUCAUCUUGUGUUUUGCAGAUCUAGACUAUAAUGUACAUGCUCUUCAGUACAUGAAAGUUAACUGUGUUGGUUGAUAUGUGAA